CGGCUGCUAGCAGCCCUACUAGUAUACACGUUUGACUUACGUAUAUAGCUCAGUGAUAUAUAGUUCGACUGUAAACAAGACUAACUUCAUAUUGCGAGUUGGUUAUCAGAGAGUGAAGUAUUCAGUUAAAAGAUUCAUGUUUAGUAAAGACUUGAGACCUGGCAUUGUUGGUACUUUAGAUAGUCGUUCGUGUGCUGAUAAAUUCAAUGAUGUUUAGUUAAACAGCAGAUACAUCAUAAUGGCUGUAGUUACACUCCAAUCUGGUGACUCUUGAUGGUGGAGCCUUGCCCAUAAUCCGCAGAAAUUUAUCACCAGGGAUUCAGGCGGGAGCCGAGAAAGGUCUUUACAUUCGGAGCAUGUCACGAGCAAGCGGCUUUACCUAUGCGUGGCUCGUGUCGCAUUUAUGAUCUUACUGUGCUGAUAUUAGUCACAAAUCGAGACGGGAUUCGAAUAGUAUAAAACACGGUUUAACGCCAAUUCUUUAUUGCUAGAUGUUUUAACGUAAAGUGACGACAAAAUGUAAUUUAAUAGUUCUGAUCCGCUGUAGGAAUAUUGAAAUCCGGACUUGGGAGGGUGACUACAAACAAACAGUCAACGAGUGAACGUUGGAUGUAACGUUAAACCAGCAACUAUCUACAAAUCGUUUGUUCUGUGUUGAUUUGUGUGAAAUUGAAUGGAGUGGGAUCACCUGCAGUUUCAAAUUUACUGGGUUUUUGUCCUACCAGUUUACCUGGCAUACCUGAGGAACUACACAGGUCUCGCUUAGGUAACUGAGGGGACGUAUAUACCUGUACACAAAACACUGAGGACACACACACACAUAUAUAUAUAGCAAUGUAAAAACCAGUGGCUUACACGCAGCACAAAAUAUUUACAGACAUGUUCGGAGUCUCGAGUGGAGCAGCAGUUUGCUGUAGGUUGCAGGGAUGCCGAGUGGAGCAACGAUUACAGUUUUUUUCCGAAGAAUGAACGCUUAUAGAAGAUUUACAUUCAUAUACCAUCAAUUGGCAUGUGUAAAUUCAAUGUAUUCCACGAAGGAUCCAUAUUCUGUGUAUAUGACUGUACCCGUGCAAUUUAUGUUUUGAAAUGUGUGUCAGCGAAUAUCAACUUGGAAUUUUUAAAUGCAAUACCCAGUGAAUGGAAAAAAAGAGACAAGAGAGAAGAAACGUGGACACGAGCUAGGGCAAUGUGCUGACACGAAUGACGAGAAUCAGCUUUAUUGUCUUGGAAACCUGCUGUACGGAUUUGAUCUGAAGCUAUUAAACCCACGUGUGAUCGUGGUAACAUUUACCGACUAAAAAUGACUGACUUGGAGCAGACGACACCGAUGGCAACCGAUACCCUUCUUCCCGGGGGUCGGGACAGUGACACGGAGACCGGACAUGUGGAAUCAAAUUUACCCACAUCAGGCAAGGAGCCCCGGAAUGCAAGUCUUUGUACCAUAGUCAUCACAGCUUACGAGGAGUCGGAGGACUUAAUGACCUUUAUAUCACAGGUGUUCUCCGCCAUAGAUCGUACAGCACUCGGCUGUACAGUGUGUAUCAGCAGUUUUAUCAUCGGUCUCCUGGCUAUUGUACUCGGAAUUCUACGUUACGGUGCGUGCCCCUGUGAGCCAUGUGUCCCUAUGUUCCUUGCAGUUGGAGGAUGCGCACUGAUGUUACGGGCAAUAUUUCAAGUGUUGGGAUGGUGCUGCAAUAGUCGGAAGACGUGUGACGAAACGGAACCGGAUGUACUUCAAACUCUCCACAGUAUUCUGGGAAUUUUAGUUUUGUUUUGGACAAUACCAGGGAUCGUGUGGAUAUUCGGUAUCAUCCACAAGGUGGACACAGAUCACGCAGAGAGUGUGAAUUACUGUGACUACGUGUUGUACUGGUUUACUGUAUCUUUCCUCGGUAUCAUCUUCCUGGUCCUGCUCCUGCAGUCCUCGCUACUCAUCGCCAUGUGUAUCGUACACAACUAUAUGUACAGUCACACGGACUACUCAAACUUCGACAACGACGAUAACGAGGUCAGUGGAACUAUAGAGGACCAUCACAUAUCGUCAGAAGGCACUGUAUGACGGGAUAGAUGCCAUUUUAUGUCGGGAUUGUUCCCAAUGUACGAUGGGUUGUUCCAACUGUAUGACGGGAAUGUUCGCACGGUAUGAAGAGAAGGCUCAUAUUUUGUGAUGAGAUGGUUGUUACUGAGGUAUUUCAUAGAACAUGCGGCUUUCCGUGUAUCAAGACAAAAGCACAUACAAUCUACAUCAACGUUAUGCAUGUUGCUUCUACUACAUCGUAAUGGCAUUAUUUAACAUCAUUGCAACGACGAAUAAGUACACUGACCUUAACUUUGUGCAUAUUAAAGACGUAAAGUUGAUCUAGCUGAUGUAUUCUUUGAUAAUACGGCUGAAUUGGCAAUGGUAUUUGAUAUUGCAAUGCCGUUAGAAUAUGCAGUGACAUUCAACUCUCAGUAUUGUAACAGCACGUGAAUAUGCUAUGGUACUACAGUAUAAUAGUGUCUAUGAUUCAACAGUGUUAGGAUGCUUAUGGUUCUACUGUAAGAAUACUUAUGAUGUUAACUCUACCAAGAAGCAUCUCUCAUAAUUCUGUGUCUCGUGGUGGUUCCGCCGAUUGGCAAUCCUGAAUAUUGUUUGAUUUGUGAUGAUAACCCUAAGUACUGUAACAUUCGUGAUCCGUGCGCCCAGCAGUUACCAUGAACAUUGUGAGAAUGAUGAUGGUUACUCUGAACAUUGUGAGAAUGAUGCUGGUUACUCUGAACAUUGUGAGAAUCAUGAUGGUUACUCUAGAUCAGAACAUUGUGAGAAUGAUGAUGGUUACUCUGAACAUUGUGAGAAUCAUGAUGGUUACUCUGAACAUUGUGAGAAUCAUGAUGGUUACUCUAGAUCUGAACAUUGUGAGAAUCAUGAUAUAUCCCCCUGGUGGUUUUCCCGGCUCUACGCUGUAAGAAGACACCACGCAAUGACACAAUACCGCCAGCAUUGUCAUUAAAUGAUAUUGUGUAUUUUUAUUUUUUUUUGUCAUAUGCAAAGUCAUUAUAUCAUAAGAAUAUGAUAGAUGUUGAUAUUUAAAAUAUAUAAAUGUAAAAGUUAUAUUCCCACCUCGUGAAAGAGGAAUUCUCUCUUGACACAAUGAAGCUUCCUGUACCCACUGUGAAGGAUAUGUUCGUAAUUACUUGUAUGGCUACCAGUAUCACUGCCAAAACGUUAGUUUCUAAUUGGAAAAUUUGUUUGUUUUUCGAUGACUUUAGCGUUGAUAAAUCAUUUCUAUAAGAAAACAUACUUUCCUGGAGUUGUAUAAAAUAUAAUAAGGAUGAAAUCAACGAAACAUAAUCAACAAACAGAGUACUUGAUGUAAAAGUUCACCAGGGCCAGACUGGGAUUCCACAGUUGAUGUGUGUGAUGCUCUAGUAGAAGGCGGUUUAAUUUGUGACACCUUUAUCGUAUGCAUACCGAUAUUCUACAGGUGAUGUGUGUUAUGUUCUGGUGGCGGGCGUUUCCACCGUGUGACGCUUGUAGAGUACGUCACACACAGCGUUAGAGUUAGACAUUGGUAACUAAUAGUGUUCUGAACAUAAUUAAUAUCUCCUAGACAUCAAUUGUAAUUAGAAAAUGAAUUACGGAACUAAAACUUUCAAAACUGAUAAAACUUGCCUCGUCAAUGUUUAUUUAAUUGAUGUUUAGCUGCUCAUCAACAAUGUUAAUGUUUAUUGAUUUGUGACUCAGUGCGCAUCAUCAGUUUAAAUGUUAAUUAACAAACGUAUUUGAUAACUUGGUGCACACUUAUUGUUCAAUAUUAAUUUAUUUGAUGACUAAAUGUUCAUCAACAUUAUAAAUGAGUAUAUGAAAUAUUUAUAUUAAAACAAAUGUAUUCGU